AGGAGGUUUGGUCCUCUCUAUGCGCCCUCCGCGGGCUGCGGCUCCGUGCUCCCAGAGCACCCAGUGCGAAGAAGCCUCGGACCCCACAGCUUCCGUCCGCGGCCCCCAACUCCACUCUGCAGCGAAUGAAUUAACAUCUUGGGCCUUUCAUUUACACGCAUACCUUCUGCAAGGGUUUUCUUUUUUCUUUUCUGUUUUUAAUCUUUUGUGUGUUUGUUUUCAUUUGGAUACCUCUACGUGUUUUUCUUGAUAUUUUUUUUCUUUGCAUUGUCCGCUGCAGCAUGGUAGAAAAGGGCAGCGUUAGGUUUGAAUACUGGCUGUUGCAUUCACCAUCAGCAGCAGGGCCUCGGCCGAAUCACUCCAUCUUUGAACCCUAUUGUGCAUCAUAGAAAAUGGGCAUAAUAAUACCGUUUACUCUGAGGACUAAAUGAUACAUUGCCCAUGAACUGAAUGGAACAUCAGAAGCUCAGAAAGAGAAUAGUUAUGGUCCCGACAUCUGCUAACUGCAAGCUGGAGAACCAAGGAAGCUGGUGGUAUAAUUCAGUCUGAAGCUGAAGGUCUGAGAACCAGAAAGAGAUUGAGGUGCUGGUGUCUGAAGGCCAGAAAGCAGGAGGAGAUGACAUCCCAGCUCAAGAAGAGAGAGCAGGUUCACUGACAAGAUCAUACCAACCAGAUGAAUCCAGCAAAUCACUCCCAGGUGACAGGAUUUGUUCUGCUGGGGCUCUCUCAGGUUUGGGAGCUUCGAGUUUUUUUCUUCACUGUUUUCUCUGCUAUGUAUUUUAUGACUGUAGUGGGAAACCUUCUUAUUGUGGUCAUAGUGACCUCUGACCCACACCUGCACACGACCAUGUAUUUUCUCUUGGGCAAUCUUUCUUUCCUGGACUUUUGCUACUCUUCCAUCACGGCACCUAGGAUGCUGCUCGACUUGCUCUCAGGCAACCCUACGAUUUCCUUUGGUGGAUGCCUGACUCAGCUCUUCUUCUUCCACUUCAUUGGAGGCAUCAAGAUCUUCCUGCUGACUGUCAUGGCGUAUGACCGCUACGUUGCCAUUUCCCAGCCCCUGCACUACACGCUCAUUAUGAAACAGACUGUCUGUGCGCUCCUCAUGGCAGCCUCCUGGGUAGGGGGCUUCAUCCACUCCAUAGUACAGGUUGCAUUGACUAUCCAGCUGCCAUUCUGUGGGCCUGACGAGCUGGACAACUUUUAUUGUGAUGUGCCUCAGCUGAUCAAAUUGGCUUGCACAGAUACCUUUGUCUUAGAGCUUUUAAUGGUGUCUAACAAUGGCCUGGUGACCCUGAUGUGUUUUCUGGUGCUUCUGGGAUCCUACACAGCACUGUUAGUCAUGCUCCGAAGCCACUCACGGGAGGGCCGCAGCAAGGCCCUGCCCACCUGUGCCUCUCACAUUGCUGUGGUGACCUUAAUCUUUGUGCCCUGCAUCUACAUCUAUGCAAGGCCUUUUCGGACAUUCCCCAUGGACAAGGCAGUGUCUGUGCUAUACACAAUUGUCACCCCCAUGCUGAAUCCUGCCAUCUAUACCCUGAGAAACAAGGAAGUGAUCAUGGCCAUGAAGAAGCUGUGGAGGAGGAAAAAGGACCUUAUUGGUCCCCUGGAGCGCAGACCCUUACCUUAGCAGAGGCAGUGACCUGAGAAUCUGAAAGAUGCUUCAGGGUAUUAGCCUGCUGGAUAGGACCCUCAAAGUAGACAAAACUCUAUGCCUAUUGCUUCUCCAUUGUUCUUAACCUCAAUUAGGUUCUGGUGACCUGAACUCUUAGCCACAAUAGAAGAUGGGAUGAGUGUCUUAGAACUGCUUCUAAGUGCCUCCUAGAUAAAAAGUACCAAGUUCUAUGCAGAAGUACUGUUUGGCUCAGAGACCACCUUCCCAGGUAAGAAUGAUGUUGGCAUUGCUGAGAAAGUUUCAACUAGUAAAUCUGGUGUCUUUUUCCUGAUGUCACUUUUUGGACACAAAAUACAUUGGAAGACCUUAUAAUAUUUUUAAAAUUCUUUGAGGCAGGGGUCCUCUUGAAAUAUUGGACCCUGAGUCCCAAUGGAGACUGAUGGAUUGAUUGAAUGUUCGCCAAUGAAGAAAAAGGAAAUUACCUUGGGCAAACCACUUUCUUCUUCAUAGUUUCCUAGGGUCACUGUUGUUGCUAUCAGUGUCAUCAUCAUCAUCAUCAUAUAAAUAACAUUUAGUUAGAACUUACGAUGUUCCAGACACAUCCAAAAACCAGGUGAUUUACCUUUAUUAUUUAUUUUAAUUUUCUCAAAAUUCUUAGGAGGUAGGUAUCAUCUUUACUUUAAACAUGAGUCAAUUACAAGUUAGAGACGUUAAAUAACUUACUUAAGGCUCCAGAGCUUGUUUUCUGGAAUCCAACCCAAGUCUAUACAACGUCAGAGCCCAAGUGCUCAACAAUACCUAAAACUUCUUAUAGAUUCUAAGGAUCUGUGGGUUUAUGUCAUCAUGGAUAGAGUUUAUAUCAUCGUGAGUUAUACUGACAUCAUAGAUAGACUUGGUGUUGGAUUCAUUUUUAAAAAUAUGACUUGGUCAUUCACUCCCUUACAACCACUCAGAGGCUUUCCAUUGCCAUAAAAAAAAUCCACAUGACUGUUAUAGAUAAGAUGUUGUCUGACCUGGCUUCCACCCACCUCUCCAAUCUCACUUCUCUAACUCCACUCUUUUCUAACUCUCUAUUUACAUUUACUUCUGUCAGUCUCUCCUUACUUCUUGAGUUUGCAAAUACUCUUUGCUACCUCUGAGACGCUCUUCUCUUCAUCCUUGCCUGGCAAACUCUUGCUCAAUCUCAAUCCUGGGUCUAAAGGUCUCUUCCUCAAAGACGUGUUCGCUGAUCUUUAAUCCAAAUUAAUUUGUCCUUAUUAGUUUAACAAAACUCAAAAAUAUUUAUCACAGAUUUCAAUUACAUACUGAUUUAUGAAUUUAUUUAUUAAUAUAUUUCGUCAGUCAUCACCCACUAUGCUCUAAAUUCUAUAAAAGAAAGAACCAUGUUUAGCUUACUUAAUACUGUAUUCUCCAAGCCUAGCACCACAGCCUAGAUGAGGGUGCAGCAACAUAGGCGCCUCAUGUCAACACUGAGUAAGGAUUUACUAUUGAGUUUGUAAGUAGCCUGACCCUGCACUUACACUCCCCUGAAAGUGCAUGUCUCUUUAAAAUGUAUUCUGUAGACAUCUCCCUUGGUUCACCCUAGUUGGAGCCUUGCCUGGCACAGUGUCUGAAACAUAUUAGAGAUUUAAUAAUAUUUCUUAAAGGAAUGAUUAAAUGAUUGUUGCCAUAUUUGAGUUUGUUAGUAGAGUUUGACUUAGGAAUUAGGGCUAUCCAAAUGUUUCACUGGUCUUAACAUUCUUCCUUUAUGAGAUUCCUAUAGGAGCUGCUAGUUACAUAGGGAGCAAUAACAAACGUGAAUCAGAGAACCAUUUAUUACUGCAGCCAGAAUUGGAUUUUCUAAUAAUGCAGAGGUUCUGGUUAAUUUUAUUUGCAAUACCCAGUCUAGUUUGGAAGACCUCAGAGGCCCUCUUACUCCCCACUGAGCUCCAAAUUUGAAUCUCCGUAUUUCAGCAUCUUCUGAUUGACUACAUGACACAGGAGACUGAUGCAGUAAGAAAAGUGUU